UGUAGUUGUGUGUGGUUUGAGGUUAGGUGUCUUAUCGGUAGUAUGCCAAAGUUAAAUAUGAAGUGGGGUACGGAGCAAAUUAUUCGCUUCUUGGACAUUUAUGCUAUGCAUAGGUGCUUGUGGGAUUUCAACGAUGCUGACUAUAAAAACAAGCAACAACGUGCCGCUGCACUAGAGGCCAUCCUGCGCGACUUGAACAUGGAUGGAUUAACGAUGCCUGAGCUGCAGACCAAAAUUCAUUCAAUUAGAAACACAUACACAAAUGAAUUACGAAAAAUGGAAGCAAGUAAAUCAUCUAGCUGUGGAACAGACCGUAUCUACAAGACAAAAAUUCCAUGGUUCGAGCUGGCGGAUUCCUUUUUAAGGGAGAUUGUUUAUAAGAGGAAAAAUUACACAAAUUUGGAUCUGUUAGGUGACAAGGAUCGCAAGUUUCCAUUAAGAUCUGAAGCUGCAGCACACAAGAAAGUGAAAAUGUCGGAUCGAGGUGAAUCAACUAGUGCAGCUGAUACUCAAGGCGGUGAAAUGCCGGUUCCAGUUCACACACCCGGAUUGACUUCAUCAGAGCAAACAUCCAGUUCUUCAUUUGCAGCAUCCAGCAAAAAAGUAAUGAUGGCUCCUCAAUCACACGAUCGUUUUAUAAUGCCCACACGAUAUUUGGAAGCUGAAGAUGAUGAAUUCCUGACAUUGGCAAAGGGUUACGCAGUUAAGCUGAGGAAAUUAACUCCACAACAGCUAAUGUUUGCUGAUAAAGUGAUCAAUGACACAUUACUUGAUGCUCAAAUGGGUCUCUUGACCAGAGGCAGCUAUGUGGUUCACUCAUCAGGAAUUCCGGCAACUCCUAGUUGAAAUUAGCAUUUGUGGUUUCAUACUCCGUCCAACUUUCCUUCAGAACAUCAAAUUGGGGAAAAAAAAAAACUGAUGGAGAGAUUCUCUUAUAGUGAUGAUGAUGCACACAUAUAACAAUAAUGACGAUGAUUUCUGAACAU